CGCGCCCUCAGCGCCGGCGCGCAGGAGGCGGCGGGGCCGGUGCGGGCGCUGGAGCCGCCGGCAGGAAGAUGGAUGCGCCGUGCUCGUCCCUCGCUGCUCGGCGUCUUUCCCUGGCGGCACGAGCUUUCAAAGCAGCUGAGUCCAGGACCUUAAGGAAUGUCACGCAGUAGUAGUUGAACUAACUAACACUGAAAGGAACAGAAGAAGAUGGCAAUCCAUAUUUGAAAUAAACGUGUGGACCCUCUGAUAAAAAACCAUGUCAAAAAAAGGACGGAGCAAGGGCGAAAAGCCUGAGGCACUGAUUGUUGCUCUACAGGCUGCCAAUGAGGAACUCAGGACUAAGCUAACAGACAUUCAAAUUGAGCUGCAUCAGGAGAAAUCUAAGGUUGCUAAGCUCGAAAGAGAAAAGACUCAAGAAACGAAGCGUAUCCGCGAAGUGGAGCAACGCAAGCAGACCGUGCAGAUCACAGAGCUAAAAGCCAAACUCCAUGAGGAGAAAAUGAAGGAGCUGCAGGCUGUGAGGGAGAACCUCAUCAAACAGCACGAGCAGGAGAUGACGAGAAUGGUGAAAGUCCGAGACAGUGAAAUCCAGCGCCUGAAGUCGGCGCUGUGCGCGCUGCGGGAUGGGAGCAGUGAUAAAGUACGGACAGCGCUGACUAUUGAGGCUCGUGAAGAGGCCAGGAAACAGUUUGACUCUGAGCGCCUUAAGCUGCUGCAGGAAAUUACUGAGCUGAAGUCUGCCAAAAAGCAGGUAGAUGAGGCCCUUAACAAUAUGAUCCAGGCCGACAAGAUCAAGGCAGGCGAUCUUCGGAGUGAGCAUCAGUCCCACCAAGAGGCCAUUUCCAAGAUCAAGUGGGAGAGUGAAAGGGAUAUUCGACGCCUGAUGGAUGAGAUCAAGGCUAAAGACAGGAUCAUAUUUUCAUUGGAGAAAGAACUGGAGACACAGACAGGCUAUGUGCAGAAGCUGCAGCUGCAAAAGGAAGCUCUGGAUGAACAGCUCUUUUUGGUGAAGGAGGCAGAGUGUAACAUGAGCAGUCCCAAGAGAGAGAUCCCAGGAAGGGCUGGAGAUGGUUCGGAGCACUGCAGCAGCCCUGACUUGCGCAGAAACCAGAAGAGGAUAGCAGAGCUGAAUGCCACCAUACGGAAGCUGGAAGACCGGAACACGUUGCUUGUUGAUGAGCGAAAUGAGCUGUUGAAGCGUGUCCGAGAAGCUGAGAAACAAUGUAAACCUCUUCUGGAAAAGAACAAGUGCCUCACAAAGAGAAAUGAUGAACUUAUGCAGUCUUUGCAGCGCAUGGAAGAUAAACUCAAAGCAGUCACUAAAGAAAAUAUAGAAAUGAGAGAAAAAAUAACAUCACAUCCUCCUCUAAAGAAAUUAAGAUCUCUCAAUGACCUGGAUCAGGCUAAUGAGGAACAAGAAACUGAAUUUUUAAAGCUUCAGGUCAUAGAACAGCAGAACAUAAUUGAUGAGUUAACAAGGGACAGGGAGAAACUCAUUCGUCGGAGAAAGCAUAAAAGGAGCUCAAAACCAAUCAAGAGACAUGUGGUGGAUACAGUUUUUGGGUAUGAUGAUGAUUCUAUGGACUCUGAAACAUCCUCUGUGGCCUCAUAUAGAACAGACAGGACACCAGCAACCCCAGAUGAUGAUCUGGAUGAGGGUUUAGCAGCAGAAGAGUCAGAGCUGCGGUUUCGACAGCUGACAAAGGAGUACCAGGCCCUGCAGAGAGCGUAUGCACUGCUGCAGGAACAGACAGGAGGGGUCAUAGAUGCUGAAAGAGAAGCCAGGGCUCAGGAGCAACUUCAAGCUGAAGUCCAGAGGUAUAAAGCCAAAAUAGAAGAUCUGGAGAAAACUUUGGCUCAGAAAGGACAGGACUCACACUGGGUGGAAGAUAAGCAGCUUUUUAUUAAGAGGAACCAAGAGCUUUUAGACAAGAUAGAGAAAACGGAAGCGGAAAACAACCGUCUGCAACAGGAGCUGCAGGAUGCGCGAGACCAGAACGAGCUGCUGGAGUUCCGCAACCUUGAGCUGGAGGAAAGAGAGAGACGGUCCCCACCAUUUAAUCUCCAGAUUCACCCAUUCUCAGAUGGUGUGAGUGCUCUACAGAUCUACUGCAUGAAGGAAGGGGUUAAGGAUGUGAGCAUCCCAGACCUUAUAAAGCAGUUAGACAUCCUAGGUGAUAAUGGGAAUUUAAGGAAUGAAGAACAAGUGGCCAUAAUUCAGGCUUCCACGGUAUUGUCCUUGGCAGAAAAGUGGAUCCAGCAGAUUGAGGGAGCUGAAGCUGCUCUGCAUCAGAAGAUGAUGGAACUGGAAAGUGAUAUGGAGCAAUUCUGCAAAAUAAAAGGUUAUUUGGAGGAAGAAUUAGACUACAGAAAGCAAGCUCUUGACCAAGCGUACAUGAGGAUCCAGGAGCUUGAAGCCACCUUGUACAAUGCUUUGCAGCAAGAAACAGUAAUAAAGUUUGGGGAACUACUCACUGAAAAACAGCAGGAAGAGCUGAGGACAGCAGUAGAAAAGCUAAGACGUCAGAUGCUGAGGAAAAGCAGAGAAUAUGAUUGCCAGAUUCUUCAGGAGAGGAUGGAGCUGCUCCAGCAGGCUCAUCAGAGGAUCCGAGAUUUAGAAGAUAAAACUGACAUCCAAAAGAGACAGAUAAAGGAUCUGGAGGAAAAGUUUCUAUUUCUAUUCUUGUUCUUCUCUCUUGCCUUUAUUCUUUGGCCUUGAUGUCAAUGUGCCUCUUGGAAAGG